AAUAACCUCUUUUCUCCAUGAGCAGUUGAAGAUUUUGAAUACUACCUCUCUUCCAAACUCUUUCCAAUUUUCUCAUUCUCUCUCUUCCUACCUAAUUCCUCACAAAUUCUCACCAAUAAAAUCUUCUUCAAAUAUCUAUAUAUACACCAUAUACAAACUACUAUAUGAUUAUAGAUUAAUUCAAACUCUUAAUUAUCAUCAACAAUGACCUUCAUGAAAACCAUGUUAAAAUCGAUUCUUCCUUCAACUUGUUUCCAAGGAGAGUAUCCAUCACCAAAGCCAAAGAAAGUUGUAUCAACAAAACCAAGAAACUCAUCAACAUCAACAUCAACUCAUAGGAUUUCAAUAGAAGAUUUGAGUUAUCCAAACUCGACUUUAUCAGAAGAUUUGUCUAUGUCUCUUUCUCUAGCAGGGUCUAAUCUCUAUAAGUUUACGGUUCUUGAACUUAAAGCUAUAACACAGCACUUUUCUUCGAGUAAUUUUCUCGGUGAAGGUGGGUUCGGACCGGUUCAUAAGGGGUUUAUCGAUGAUAGGGUUAGACCCGGUUUGAAAGCUCAACCCGUUGCUGUUAAACUCUUGGACUUGGAAAGCAAACAAGGUCACAAAGAGUGGUUGACUGAAGUUGUUGUUCUUGGACAAUUAAGGCAUCCACAUGUUGUGAAGCUAAUAGGAUAUUGUUGUGAAGAUGAACAUAGACUUUUGGUGUAUGAAUAUUUACCAAGAGGAAGCUUGGAAAAUCAAUUAUUUAGAAGUAAGAUUUUUUUAUUACUUAUAUUCUUUAGUUUCAAUAUGUUUGUAAGUAGAAAAUUAACGUUUUUUAUUUUAAUUUUUUUAGGAUUCACAGCAUCAUUGCCAUGGUCAACAAGAAUGAAAAUUGCUGUUGGAGCUGCAAAAGGUUUAGCAUUUCUUCAUGAAGCUGAGCAACCAGUUAUUUAUAGAGAUUUCAAAGCUUCAAACAUCUUGCUAGACUCUGACUAUAAUGCAAAACUCUCUGAUUUUGGAUUGGCAAAAGAUGGACCUGAAGGAGAUGACACCCACGUUUCAACAAGAGUUAUGGGUACUCAGGGCUAUGCUGCACCAGAAUAUGUCAUGACAGGUCACUUGACAGCUAAGAGUGAUGUGUAUAGCUUUGGAGUUGUUUUAUUGGAAUUGCUAACAGGGAGAAAGUCAGUGGACAAAACCCGUCCUACAAGGGAACAAAACCUAGUUGAUUGGGCAAGACCAAUGUUAAUGGAUUCAAGAAAACUUGGCAAAAUAAUGGAUCCAAAACUUGAAGGACAGUAUUCUGAAAUGGGUACUAAAAAAGCAGCUUCAUUGGCGUAUCAAUGUCUUAGCCAUAGGCCCAAGAGUAGGCCCACAAUGAGCAAUGUGGUUAAGAUAUUGGAACCUCUACAAGAUUUUGAUGAUAUUCCAAUUGGACCCUUUGUUUACACUGUUCCAGUUGAUAAUAAUGAAGUGGUUAAAGAAAAAGAUCAAGCAAAGGAAGAUGAAUCGACCAAGGAGAGGAAAAGAGAAAACGGUCAAUAUCAUAGGAACGGUCAUAGGCAUCAUCCACUUAAAUCUCCUAGGUCGCCGAUGCCUCAAUCACAAUCAAGGCCGCAGUCACAGCCACGGCCUCGUGUGCGGAUUGAUAGGCAUCAAAAUGGUAGAGGAAGUGUGUUGAAUUCUCCUUCUCCUCGUGUGCAAUUUGACAUGCAUCAAAAUGGUAGAGGAAGUGCGUCGAAUUCUCCUACUCCUUCGCCACAUCAAAAAAGCUAUGAAACUUAGCUUAAUGGAAAUGAAAAUCGUUGUGUAUAUAUACAAAUAUUCAAAAAAAAAUGUUUAGUGAUUUCAUGUAGUGUACAAACUACUGUAAACUAAGUGUGAUAAGCUAUCAAUUGUAUUCCAAGAAAGAGUACAUAAAGACAACGGACAAAAAGGACAAAAAAGAUAUGAGUGGGAGUGCAAUUGUAGUGGAUCUCACAUGGAAGAUAUGUUUGUUAGUUUUAUUUUUUAUUCUCUAAUUAAAAAAGUAAAUUAUAAUUA